UUUUAAUGAUUUUUAUAACUAUAUAACAAUUUCAAUUUUAAUUAUCUGAACCAAAUAUUCUUCAUCUAAACUUAGUAGACAAUGUUAAUAGCGUAAUGACAGAAGCUCGAAAAGUAAAUUUGGCCAAAGAGAGUUUUCAAAGGCCGCCAAUUAAUUCCGUUAAAUCCUCCGAAGGUGGCGGAAAACAUCAAAUUAAACAUAAAAAUAAAAUACCAAAAGCCUUACGAUAUGAUUUAGAAAAUGCUCUAGUUGGGCUCUGCGAUGUAUGGUUUGAAGAAAUCAAGCCUUAUUUAGAACGCAAUAAUAUAAAGCUGCACGUCCACGGAACGGAGACCGGUGGCGGUGAGCCUGAGACGAACCCAGAGUGUUCCCACCUCGACCCAGGUAGAAAUGAUCGACAUCAGCUUCGCAGUGCAAACUGUGUCGGUUGUUGUUCAACGCCUCCAAUAGCAUCGAAAGCGCGGUGUCCCAAGCCGCUUCCACAUCUAUGGUCUUCCCACAAUCGGGAAACUUCAACGGAGAGACCAUGUCGUAAAAGUAAACAACAAAGAAAAAGGUCAGCCAGAGUGAGACAAAUAGCUGCUUCACCAUCGCCACCCAGACCGUUAGUGCCACGUCUUUGCCGAACUUACAGUAUACCUCGAAACCACAAUCUGACAGAGUAUUUAGUACCAAGUAACAGGGAAGUGUCACAGAAGCCAUUACAACGGAGUAGAUUACGGUACCCAUUGCGAACACUAAGACAAUUUAGAGACGCAUCAACUCAAACAGACAGAAAAGUAGGGGAUUGCAAGAAAGAAAAAUCUCAAUCGCCUUUAAUAAAAAAAUAUGAAGUUAAAGUUGAUUUGCCGGAUACCGUUAACAAAAAGACCACAUCUCUGUCGCCCAAUUUCGGCAAAUGUCAAGCUACGACAUCGUUUUUUUCUUCGAAAAUUAAAAACGAAGAGCAAGCCCUAUUUAAAGAUGAUUUAAUUGAUGUAAUAAAAGAGAAACACGAUAAGAGACUGCACAUACUGUACAGGAAUACAGGUCAAGAAGAAUACCCAUCGGUCAUGAAUCUAUUUUCACCUAAAACAAACAACAUCAUACUGAAGCCUAAAAGACCUUGUAAGGCACCUCAUUGGAGAUAAAUAACACGUACUUUUAUGAUGUCUAAGGAUGCAGUCAAUAGUUUUAUAAUUAUUAUACUUAUACUGAAUAUUCUUUUAUUCAGAAUAGAUGUAUUGUUGUAUCCUUAUGAUUUUUCUACUUUGUAAUGUUUAGGUUAUUUCAUAUUAAAAGUGUAAAAAAAUAAUAGAACCUUUUUGUUCAUAUUG